AUCCAGACCGAGGGACGAAGGCGGAGAUGUUAGACAGAAACAAAAUACACCAAAUUUCAGAAUAAUAUUACGAUAUUCAGUAAAAUAACGGUUACUGACAGCUAUAUGUUAUUGCUUUUAUGUAUAGAUAAGAAAUGACAGCAAUAUGGCCAAGCAGAGAUUUUGGAUAGUCAACAGUAGUGGUAAUGUGUUCACAUUAUGUACAGAAAGUAGAUAUUUUAAGGAAGUUGAUAAAGAUCAGGGAGGGAUCAAAGUUAAGAGAGUAUCAGCAUGUGAAUCAUGUGCUUGGGGUAUAGGACAUGAUCAACAAGUAUACACCUAUAUCUGUACUACAGAUGUUCCUAUCAGAGUUGUUGAAACUAUAUACGAAAAUCAGAGAUGGGCUCCAUGGAGUGGAUUUUCUAAUAAAAAUUUAUUAAGAACAGAUAGAAGUAACUGGAGUAACGAGAGUGGGGAUCAAAGUCCGAAGCGGGAGGAAUUCACUCUUCCCUCAGAAUAUUGGGAAUGGGAAGGAGAUUGGUUUAUUGAUGAAAAUUUCAAAGGAGAAGUCACAGAUCGUGGAGGUUGGCAAUAUGCUACAGAUUUUCCUAGACAAUAUACUCCAGAACCAAAAACUUUAUCAAUGGUUAGAAAAAGAAAAUGGCUCCGUUUUAGAAAAUAUGUUGCUACAGGCAAGUGGGCCAAGAUAAAUGUUGAAGAUAUAGAAGUAGAAGAUAAUAGUUUUAUAGAUAUAGCAGUUGGUGGUUUUAAUCUACCAGGUCAACCACCUGGUUUUCUUAGUGUAUGGACCAUAACUAUAAAUGGAAAGGUAUAUGUUAGAAAGAAUGUGUGUAUUAAUUGUCCGGAAGGUGAUAGUUGGGAAGAUAUACCAACAGAUACUCUAGGUUUAGUUAAUAUAUCUGUAGGACCUACAGGGCUAGUGUGGGCUGUAACAUGGGAUGGUCUAGUUCUAGUCAGACUUGGUAUUAACAGAGAUAAUGUAUAUGGUACAGCAUGGUGUGAGAUUCCAUAUCCAAAAGAAAAUACCCGGAUGAUGCAAAUAGCUCUAGGAACUAAUUCUUUGUGGGCAUUAAGUAGAGAAGGAAAGGUUUGGUUUAGAAAAGGUAUUGAUGGUGAUCAAGCAUGGUUUAAUAAACAGUCAGCUAUUGGAACAUCGUGGGUAGAAAUGGUGGGAGAAUUCUGUCAUAUAUCUCUUACUCCUAAUGAUCAGGUAUUUGCUAUUGGUUUGAAUGAUAGAAAACCAUAUUUUAGAACGGGUGUCAAUGCCAGUGAUCUAGGUGGAAAAACAUGGCAGCCAUUGUUUUUUCAGGAAGAUAUUAAUCGAUUGAAACAUGCUAGUUCAUCAUGUAGUCAAUCUUUAGAUGAAACAGAUGAUGUUUCUUCAGAAUACACUUACCUCGGAACACCGCGUGGAACACCUAUAAGCAUGACAAGCAUUCCAGAACAUGACAAUUUCAGAAAAACUGAUUCCUCUGAUACCACUGAAUGUUUAUCUAUACCUAUGUGUGCCAUGGUUCCUACAACUAAUGCCACCUCUACAAAUUCAAAGAAAAGCAUUUGUGAUAAAAAUUUAGACAAUGUAAACCAAAACAUACACUCUACUAUAUGUGACGAUGUAUUCAUUAAAGGAAGUAAUUUAUCUAAUAUUUCUACUGAGAUUGAGAACAUUUCUAAUGGGAAUACUCCUACAUGUAUUUCUACAGGUACAUGUACCAUUUCUAAUGAUAAUGUUAGCAUUCCUGAGAAAUUGGCUAUAACCCUUUCUAAUAAUAAUGAGAAUGUAAACAGUUCUGAUGAAAAUACUCCUAUUUCUAAUGAAAAUACUCCUAUUUCUAAUGGAAAUACUCCUAUUUCUAAUGGAAUUAUUGCCGUUUCUACAGAAAUUGGUACUGUUUCUAAUGAUAAUGGUAACAUUCCUGAGAAAUCAGUCAUGACUGCCUGUGAUAAUAAUGAAAGUGGAAAAAAGCAAAUAAACAACAAUGGUAAAAAUAUAAUAAAAAACAAUUCUGAGGAUCCAUUCUUUGAUGAUAGAAAUGAUACGGAAUCAGACGAAAUAAUGAAUUUUGUGACAGAUAUUGAUGAAGAUGAGCCAUCAAUUGAAAGUAAUAAUGUAAAUGUGCAAUCAAAUUUCGACAACUGCGAUGCUGUUUGUGAUGACACAAAUAUUGUGUCUGUUGAUAAAACUUAUGGAACAGAAGAAGAAUUAAAUGUUUUUCCGAAGGAAUCAAUUAAUAUGUUAUCAAUGGUUCCAUGUAAAACUGUCAGUCAUUCAGCUCCUGGAUCUAUAUCUGUUACACCAACAUCAGAAAUAGAAAUGACAGAAAUGUUUACGUUGACACCAGCCAUGCCUAGAUAUUUUUGGGUCUGGUUUAGUGCAAUGGGCUGUUACAUCGAAGACCCAAGUUCAGUCAAAUGGUUACAAACCAGACGAGAUUCAGAGAGCAGUAUAGAUAGCAGUAAUAUUAAACAAAUAAUAUCCCCUAACUUAAGAGCUCUAUUACUCAAUAAACUGUGUCAUCGUAAUAUUGUAGAAGUACAACAAUUUCAAUAUAUAGAACAGGCUGUUGAUAAGACAUCAUGGAUGAAGAAAUCCUCUAUGAAAUGGUAUAGAUAUGGAUAUAGAGCUAAUUGGGAAGAUGUAACAGUAGAGUUAGAACAAGGUUUACAAGAAGGAACUGGUGGUGCUAUAACUAUACAUUAUUGUCCUAGAGGAAAACCUGUGAUUAUGCAGAUAAAUUUAAGUGAUAUUGUUUGUAUAAAGAAGAUAGCUGAUCCAAAUCUACAGCCUGUGUUUAAAAUACACACAGCUGACAAAACGAAUAAAGUUCAACCAUAUUUAAUGAUGACAUCAUCAGAAGCAGAGACUGACGAGUGGCUAAGUACAUUAUUAUCAGCUAAUGCUAAAAAAUGGAAAUUAAAACAAAGUGUUAAACCUGGCAGUAUAUGGAGUACCACCUUAAGAGGAGAUGUUUAUGUUCAUCAACCAAACAGUUCAAAUGUUAAAUUUUAUGAAAUGUACUGGGGACAACUUGGAGGUCAUCUAAAGAAGAUAGAAACAAGUUCAGCAGGUGUAACCUGGGCACUGGGAUAUGAUUAUACACCAUGGGUUUAUACUGGAGGGUUUGGUGGGGGAUUAUUCAGAGCUACUUCAGCUAUGUCAAAAGAUUGCCACCAACAAACAGAUACUCGAACAAUAUAUACAUAUGAAAAUCAAAAAUGGUAUCCUGUUAUAGGCUAUACUAACAAAGGAUUUUUAACUGAUUGUUAUGAUUGGAGUGAUAGCACUGGUAGACAAGACAGAUCUAAAGAAAAUAUUAAACUACCUUCAUCACACUGGCAAUGGAGUUGUGAAUGGUGUACAGAUUUUGAUGCACCGGGAAAAGUUGACCAAGAAGGCUGGCAAUAUUCAGGAAAUUUUAACAAACCAUUUCACCCACAGCCAGGUAUUAGAGAUAGAGUUAGACGUAGACGAUGGUACAGAAAAUGUAGAUUAUCAACAGUUGGACCAUGGUAUAAUACAGGACCAACUACAUUAAAAGAUAUAUCUCUACAGAUAGAUCCUAUAACUUCUGUAACUCAACAAAUAGUAUUAUGGGGUGUGGGUAUUAAUGGUAAUGUUUUAUGUAGAGUUGGCAUAACAAUGAAAAAUCCUCAGGGUGAAAGUUGGAUCAACAUAGCUACAGAUUUACCGUUUACAUCAGUAUCUUUAGGUGGUAAUUAUCGUGCUUGGGGUGUAGCUAAAGAUGGUUCUGUAUGGUAUAGACCUGGUGUAUCAUCUAAAUGUCUUACUGGUACUAGAUGGUUACAGGUUAUACCACCUCCACCUGCUGAUGCUAUAUUAACAUAUGUGUCUGCUGGUCAGACUACAGUAUGGGCUUUAGAUACUAAAGGUAAUUUGUGGUUUCGUGAAGAUAUUACUCCUACUUUCCCAGAAGGAACACGAUGGGUUUAUGUUUGUAAUAAAGUUUAUCAUGUCUCAGUUGGAACCAAUGAUCAGGUAAUGAUUAUAACUGGUAGUAAUUUUGGUAAGAAUAAACAUGGUAAUGGUAUGAUGUAUAAUAGAAUAGGUAUAACAUCAGAUACACCUAGUGGUACUGGAUGGCAAAUGGUUAUUGGAGAUGGAUGGCAGUAUGUGAGUUGUCGUGGUUUUAAUAAUCAUACUGAUGAUAAUAUUCUACCAGUAGGCCCUAUACACCACUGAACAGUGUUCAAUUUUCAAAUAAUAUUUACCUGUACAUUGAUAAACUAACCCUCAUAAUUCUCACUGAUUGAUUAGGACGUAACAGUGUUAAUUAACUAUAAAAGAUUAAAAAAAAACACUUAAAACUCUGAUCCUACCUACUAUCUCCUGAAAGUCCUGUACAAGGGUUCUAAUUUCAUAACCUCUUCCCAGGAGUUUGCAUUCAAAAUGCAGGAUAGCACCUUUAAUCUAGGGAAUGUGGGCAAUGUUUUUUUACUACCUCGAAAACCAGUAUCCACCUUAAGCCAGCCUUUCAAACAUGACUAGCUCAUCAGGCAAGUUUCCUAGGAAACAGUCACCCUAGGUGGAAGUGGACAUUAAGCCCUACAAACCCACCAACCACCUUAAACUGUGAUAAGUUCUAAUAUUACCACAAGUUUCUACCAAUAAUCACACUACUUAUAUUCUAACCAGUAAUAUUUAAAGAUCUUUUUUAAAGUAAUCUAAUAUUUUUAAUAUGCUUUAAAUGUUGAGUAUGUGUUGAAAGUAUAAAUUUGUCGUUAUGUAAUAAACCUUCCUAGCUGUUACUUGACUAUACAUGUAUAGAAAUAAUAUGUGUAUACUGAAUGAGUAUUAUUGAUGUAAAUUAGCAUACUGAUGUUUACUAUAUUAGUAAUGUGUAAUAAGUAAAUGUAUUUUAUCAACUUCCUGAGAGAGUCACUCUGUUAAUUAUAUUUCAUUACCCCAAUGUCAGGAGUUUGUCUUCCUUGAGAGGUGAUGUGUCUUCAGUAGCUGUUCUUUAUACAGAAUGUUAGUGCUAAAUUGAAUUUACUUGGCACUAUUAGAAUUCCUUUAAUCAAACUCAACAUUCCAAAUGUAAUACUCACUAUUAUGUAGUGUCAAGUAUGUUGACGUGUACCUUGUAUGUUCUAUAAUACAAUAAUCAACAGAUUUGUUCUUGUUAUCAUAUCAUAUGCUUUAAAUUGUUUAUAGUAUUGUAAUAUUUCAAAUUCUUGACUUUCAUUGAAAUUAUUUGCCAUAAACCUCUAAAUCACUCAGUUUACAUUCCAUAAUUUACGAUAAAGCAUUUAUAGAUUUUCAUCUUAAAAUCUAUUCAGUUUAUAUUUUUUGGAGUAAAAACAAGAUGCUUUAUCAAUUGAAACAGUGAAGGAAUAAUCAAUUUUAUUGUAUAACUACAUGCAAAUACAAGCAAAAAUCAUUGAAUACGGCCAUUGAAUACAGCCAUUGAAUAACCUAUAGUUGUAUUCAAUGGCCAUUGAAUAACCUAUAGUUGUAUUCAAUGGCUUGAAAACGUACUACUUUUGUCCAUAAUGACGUCACUUACAGAACUAUGUCAAACUGUAAUGACGUCACAACUAGGCAACCACAAUUUUUGUAAAAAAGAAAAAAAAAAGGGCGGAACCUAUGAUGAAUUUUAACGUUAGUGGUGAUGAUUUUUUAUGAUAAUCUAGAUAGUACAGUGUAUUUUAAGAUUUGCAUGUAGUUAUAGAAUAAAAACAGAACUCAAUGACCAUUGAAUACCGCUCAGGUUAUUCAAUGGUUCACUCGAGUGUAUCCCUGCCGCAUUCCACUCGCUUUCGCUCGUGGAAUACUUGCGCAGGGAUACACUCUCUUGAACCAUUGAAUAACCCGAGCGGUAUUCAAUGGUCAUUGAGUUCUAUCUAUAUAUUGUCAACCAUCAAAAUGUGACCAAAGCAUUUACAGAUUUUCAUCUUAAAAUCUAUUCAGUUUUUAUUUUUUGGAGUAAAAUUGAAUGACGAUGGAAAUAACCAUAAUGUCUAACCUUAAAAAUGUAACCAAUCUGACACACAAAAUUAAGAGAUAAGAGAUCUUAUAUAUAUGUAUUAAAUUAAAUGUUAUUAUACAUUAGGUCACACCAAUUUGAAAUUUUGUUCUCAAGGACAACCUAUUAAAACUUUACUGCUAAUUUCUUGAGGGAAAAAUAUAAUUGAAAAACAAAAAGUACUUGGUUGCUCUUUUUAGAAUAUUUUAGCUCCAAAUUUGUAGGUUUGAAAUUUAAAGAAAGGUUUGUUACUUAUCCGGCCAAGUAGUAAUUGAAGAAUUACUAUUGCUUCAAUCUGUAAAUUGUGUACAACUUAUUGAUUUUAGAAGGAUCCUACCACAAAAAAUAGCUUCAAUCUGUAAAUUGUGUACAACUUAUAUUGAUUUCAGCUUGAACCUACCACAAGACAGUGAUAUUUUGCCAAAAGCAGAUUUUGUUAAAUGUUUAUCAAGAUAUUUAAAACUUUGUUAUGGUCUUAUUUAUUUGUUAUUUGAAUUGUUAGUGUGUUUUGAGUAAAUUUUCUAUAUAUGUGAUACUUGAAAUUAGUGCUAUUAUUGUACUUGACUUGUGCAACAUCUAAUUUCGUUGCUCAAAACAAGAUUGAGAGCUUAAAGUACAACUUAUCACAGACCAAUUAUAAACCUACAAGUUGCCGACUAGGAAUAUCUAUAUUCUAAUUGAUGGCUGAUAAUUUGGGCUUGCCUUAUUUAAUUCAUUGUUGACUUAUUUGGGUUCAGUGCAUGGCUGUUUCCUUAGAGCAAUAUACCUUUAAAAUAAAUGUAAUUCAUCAAUUUUUGAAGACUAAUGUUGUUU